UGGUGGGGGGGAAAAACAACAACAAAAGAGCCGCGCUUGGGUGCAAACAUGAGCUUUCACAGCUCCAGCUGGAGGAUCUUGCACCUGAUACUUGCCACCAUUGCAGCAGUGCUCCCUCAAGACUUGAGCACAAAGGAGCUGACUGAUGCGAAGAGCCCCCAGCUUUCCCCGGUCUUCCUGCCGGUCCGCUAUGAGGUUCGGGAUGCGGACUACCUUUUCUUAAAGGAAGCAGGGCAGGACUUUAUGAGGAAUUUCAGCAUGCAAAGUCACACGCAGCCCUUCGUUAUUCUGAGAGCUCGCCGCCAGCCGGCUGUCAACGCCAGCUACGGCCCCAUGUCCAUAGAACAGCUUGUGCCUCUGGAUCUAGUCCAGUCUGUGCAGCUCUUUAACGCCCCGGACGUCUUCACCUUCAACUGGAAGAUCCAGGCCUUUGUGCUGACGCCUCGGGUUUUCUCCACCAAACCCAAAGUACGGGUGCUCUUCUACGUGGCAGGGAGGGACUGGGCUCGGGAAGAGAGCGCCGUGGAUGAAUUACCGUGUGUGACCGUCUAUGCUUUCUGGCAAACCCAAGAGGUGAGGGGUUCCUGUGCCAUGGGAGGUGAGAGGGGAACGUGCAUGGCUGAACUGCUACCGUUGCAGGGCUGGUUCGCUCAGGUGUCUGAAAGCACCAGCAGGGAGCGACAGGACCCGUCAGCGGGGAACCUUGUGGAGCUCUACUACCAGGCACAGCCCAAAGUCCGCGGGAAGUGCACCAUGCUGGAAGGGAGUCGUUGGGGAAGCUCGCAACAACAACAGCAAGCGGAAUACGUUUCUGUCACUCCCAUGCAGAAGAUCGGCAGCGUGCGCCUCCUGCAGGUGCCCAAAGGAAUGGCCACGCUCUCUCGACUCAAACUCGGCAAUUCCAUUGUCAUACGGACGUCCUCCAAACCCCUGAAGAAGACGGACAUCGCGACCUUCUACGUCCUCAUGGCCAGCUCUGCUCCGCUGAGUAACUUCACUCUUAGAGCUACAAUUAAGAAAGGCGUGACCUUUCGUACGGCGACACCGAGUAACUCUUUACUGUGGGACAUCACGCUGGAUGUCGGUGCAGAUGGAGUCAUCGCUGUUCUUUGUCAGAAGAAGGCUCCAAUGCCGGGAAAGAAACAUGAAGGCAGUCAUCUGGAGGUGCUUCAAAUGGAUUUUGAGGUUGAUGAACUUAGCAGUCCUGUGGACAGUCAGGUGAUCAUAUGGAAGCUGGAGCUCUCGUCCAAAGGCGCUGCCAAGACCGAGGGAGCUAUGAGGAUCUACACCACACAGAGAGACUUUAUUGGCCUGGCCCCUCUAAUAAUGGACACGGAGAUCCUGAACACAGCAGUUCUGACCGGAAAGAGGGUGGCGGUCCCCGUAAGGACGGUUGCCGUGGAAGAGGAUGGCCUGGUCACUGAUGUGUCUCAAUACACAGAGUGCAGCUCCACUGAUGAAGAUGUUCUCAAGGUGUCCAACGGGUGUGACUACGUUUUUGUAAAUGGCGACGAGACAAAGGGCAAAGUGAAGACGGUGGUGAGCUUCGCCUACAGCUACCUCAGCGUUCAACUGGAGUUGAACGUGUGGAUGCCCCGACUGCCUCUCCAGAUCGAGGUGUCGGACGCAGAGCUGAGCCAAAUCAAAAGUUGGAGGGUGCCUAUACUAACCUUCAAGAGAUCUGGCUGGGACAGCGAGGUGGAUGAAAAAAAGGGAAAGGGCUGCACGCUGCAGUUUCAGCACGCCUUGGUGCGUGUGCUAACCCAUUUUGUGGCCGAUCGGGCGGACCCCCGGGACCCCAAGGCUUUUUUCCUGGGAUCCGACUGGCAGGUGGAUGUAACAAGACUGGUUCAAUACUUCAUGAAGGUGGAAGACCCUCGUGUGGCAAGGCUACAGGCAGGGAGGGUGCUUUCAGGUCGGGACGUCGGGACCACCACCAUCCAGGUGUUCUCUCCAAUUUCUCACGCAAUAUUGGCAAAAACAACGAUAAAAGUCACAGAUGAAAAAGUGUCCAUUACUGAACUGGGGAUCCAGAUGGUUGCAGGUCUCGCAAUGACCCUUCAACUCAGCCCAGGAAGCAACAGGGCCAUUCUGGCAAGCACGGCAACACAGGAAGUUCUGCGCUUACCCAAACAGGAGGCUAUGAUCAGUGCAUGGCUGCAGUUCAGUGACGGCAGCCAGACACCUCUUGACAUUUACGAUCCAUCCUUUUACCGUGUCACGGUUUCAUCUCUGGAUCAGGGGGUGGUGUCAGUGCAGGGCACCCCUCCAUCUGUGGUGGCAGAGGGAGAGGGAGAAGGAGUUCUGGUCCGAGUGGAAAUGUCCAUCUGUGAGGUCUGCCAAAAGUCCAAACGUAAAAGCACCGUAGCUGUGGGCAACGGCAGCCUGAAGGUCAAGUUCCAGGUGAAAAGUCGGCGGCUGGACGACUACGCUAAAAGUUUUGAUUCUGCGGAGGUCAAAAACAACAGCGGCGACUUCAGAAAUGACGGGGAGAAGAUUGAGAGCGACAGGAAUCGAAGGAAGCCAUCACAGGAUCCUUCGCAGCGCAUCACGACAUUGGAGCGAGACCAGAGCCCCCUGGCAAAGAUCGCAACCACAAUCAAAUCUACGGAAUGGACUUUCAUGACCAGCGGCAGCCUUGGGGGCGUGGGGAAAGCGAGCAAUUCGGGAAGCAGUCCAACCAGCGUUGUCAAUAUCAGUAUGAUUAGCGGCCCUGGUGACAAAAGCAAAACAUAUGGCUCCGACAAUACGAUCGUGGAUAGCGUUCGCUUUACGAGUACUGUAAAAGGACCUGGUAACCUGCUCAACUCCAACAACUUUCCCACAAAAGUUAGUGCACCUGGAAAGAAGACGGUAGAGGUCGAGAUUAGCGGUGAAGAAAUGUUGGCAAACCGACCUCUGACAGACUUAGAGAUUGGUAUGUAUGCUCUUCUAGUGGUCUUUUGCCUGGCCAUUAUGGUUUUUCUAGUAAACUGUAUAUCAUACGUUGUUAAGUUCAGAUAUAAGAACUCUCCGUCACAUAGCCAGGAGCCAACCGGUCACAGGCAUGACUGGGUUUGGCUCGGCACAGACGCCGAGCUGGUGAUGAGCGUCCCCGGAAGUCCGAUUCAGCAAGACUCCCAGACCGCGACCACCGUCAUAGACAUCGGACCUGAUAAAACGACUUCAUUGUCCAGAAGGCCCAGUUGCCUCGCAUCGGUCACAGACUCGCCCAUCAGCUGCGUGGGUUCCUUCAGGACCAAAUCCAUGCCAAGUGACUCCCUCCACUCACCCACCAGCAAGAGGAAGAGAGUCCACUUCACCACGUUUUCCACGUUGGAUCGCCAGCAUUCGCCGCAUCUUCCGCAGAGGGAGAACGGCCAUGGAAUCCACUGGGUCGGAAAGGACGACAGUUGUGAGGAGGGACCCCAAGGGCCCACAGUAGAGCUUCGGGACCACAUAUAAUAACAAACCUGAUCGGACCUCACAAUGCAGGACAUGCGGCUUUGAUCACCUCAAUGCCUUUGCUGACUCAAACUGUGACAAAAACAAAACACUUUACAUUUCAAGGCCUUUCAGAUGUACUGUAUAAUACUGUGAAUACUUGUGAAGAAAUACAUUGUCCUCCUUUACUCAAUGCUUAAUGCCACGCUAUGCUGUUACAUGUGGGUAUUAUGUGAGUUUUGCACUUACACACCUACAUUUGAGACAUUGAGGAGCAUAUACAAAAGAGAACCCAGUUUGAAAAGGCAAUAAUCACGUUCCGUGGUUUUUUUUCCCCCCCAAUCUUUUCCAUGACCUUUUUUGUUGUAAUUUCAUAAUUGAUUUCAUUCUUUUCUACAUUAAACUCGCUACAAAUUUGAA